AUGCAGAAAUGCUUGCUGCCGCAACUCAGCCGCAACAUCCACGUCUACGUGGACGACAUCAUGGUGAAGACCAAGCAGCACCUCACACUCCUCGAUGAUUUGAAGGAGACCUUCGCCAACCUGCGCAAGUACAAGAUCCCUUGUCUCCUUACUGUCUCUCCCGAUGGAGAGAGCUCGCGUCCUCCCUUCCAGAUCCAUCGCCCCCGCCACCUCCCUCCGGCGGAGCUCGCUGCCAUUCAUGGCCUCCCCCAUGCCCUCCUCCUCUCGCCUCUCCCUUCCCUCACCACCCAACCGAACCAACCAGCCCACCACGCACCCUUCCUCAUCCUCUCCCCAUCCCCCAUCCCCCAUCCCCCAACUAGCCACCGGCCGCCUCUUCCCCAAUCUUCUUCUCCUCGGCUUCCGGCCCUCGCCUUCGUUACCAACGCGCCGCCGUCGUCCCGCUUCUCUCCCGACGACCUCGACACCUUCGUUGCAUCCCUACUGCAGCCCACCCUCAACCUCGUCGUCUCCCCAAACCCUAGCUCCGCCCCGCAGCUCCUGGUCGUCCUCAUCUCCCCCGCCUUCCUCGCUCUCCUCCCCUCCCCACGGCCUCAUCUCCACGCGUCCCUCCUCCUCCCAGAGCUCCCCCUGCAGCAGUCCCGCGCGCCCAUCCGCAUCUACCUAUACCCGUUGAGCAGCAGCAGGUCAGGCGGAGGCGGCGGCCAGAUCCGCGCCCUCAUCACGCGCGCUCGACACCAUGGAACUCGUCAACAAGGUCGUCGUCAAGCCCUCGAUCUGGCUGUGACCUCCAGCGCGCUCGCGCGGCUGAUGGGCAUAGGCUGGUCCAUGCACGCUGCUAAUGGCGGCUCACCAAGGUUGUCGUCGUCGCCUGCACGCACGAUGCACCCGACGACCUCCUCCAUCGCUAACCAUGAGGACCGGGCACGAGCUGCAGUACAGGUCUCGUACACGAGGAGGCCCUUAUGGUCGCCGUUGGAGGGGCUGGAGCUUGGCGGUAGCCUAGCGGAUGACGGGGGCCUGGACGGUGGCUAUUUCUGCAGCAGGAUGAUAACUUAAAUUUUGUGAUAAUUUUGGAAUAGCUUCAGCACCUACAGUUAAUUUUGCACAUAAAGCUUGAGUAACUUUGCACAUGAAGCUUCAGUAUUUUAGCACAUGAAGCUUUUGCUACUGUUAUUCUUGUCAUCAAUCUUCCACCAUUUUUUAGGAGCUUGAAUUUGACUUGGUGUAGUAA